AUGGAGGCUGAGAUUGAAGACAGCAUUCGGAAAAACAUUCCGUGGCCGAAGCUUUCAAACAACAUCCGAGACUUCUUCGGGAACAAUCCUCGCGCUUACGACAAAUCGAUCUACGAUUUCAGCAUCAAGAACCAGAUACGAUUCCAGAGGAAUCUCGUGAGUCGAGUGCGUAAAGAUGCGGAGCGAUACUACGUCAAACUCCUUUCUCACAGCAGAGAAAAUCUUAUGCUGUAUCCCUAUCACCUGCAAGACAUGACAGUCCGUGGUCUGCGUGUGACGCCCUUUCAAUAUUACAUCGAGAUGAUCGUGUACAUCAUGGAGCAGGAGAAAAGCUACGAUUCACUGCCUAACUUUACGGCUGCUGAUGCGUUACGCAUCCUUGGUAUUGGGCGAAAUGAGUACAUUGACUUGAUGAACGAGUGCAGAACUGGCACCUUCAUAAAAACCUUGGCCUACUUUUGCAGCCAAGCACCCUCUGUGACGACUGCUGAGCGGGAUCUUAUUGAUAAGCUGAUCGAUUCAAGCGGGGCUGACAGUGCCGGUGCAUUCGACUAUCACUGCAUACAUUCCUUGUAUCGUCCGUUGAGUCGAUCAGUUGCGGCAAACUCGAGCGCGGCGCGAGAAGCGCGAUCGUCCUGUUCUCCUAGUCCGUCUUCCGAUGACGAUUCUUUGAUUCGUGAGAUCCGUGCAACUCUGUCGUCUGAAGACAAGGAAGAUGAUCGAGUUGAUGCCGGUUACCUUCAGCGGCAAGCUUCGGAGACUUCGAGUUGUAAUUCAGUGCCGGCGCCGUUCUUGUCUACGGGAGCGACGAAGCGCAUUGCGUUGCUCUUCGACUCGACUCUUACAGCAUAUCUCAUGAUGGGGAACUUGUCGCCGGGUUUGAAAAGCCACGCCGUGACGAUGUUCGAAGUUGGAAAAUUGUCUGAAGAAUCGGUGGAGAGUUUGCUGAAGGAGUUGGACACGAUCAGCGAAGCGGACAUUGAAGGCGACGCCCAGCGAUACCUGGAGCACGCCAUCAACUUGAAGGCCACGCUCAAGUUUUUGCGACACAAUCCGAAUUUCUGCGCGACGGAAGCGAGUCCCGGUGGCUUGGGUGUUGAUUUGCUCCGGUGCGAAUCCCUGCAGAACCUGGACCCCGGAACUUACGCUCGGCUGCUUAAUCGUAAUUACGAGCUCAUCGUUUCCAUGGCUCCGUUGUGCAAUGAAGUCAGACUGUUGGAAAGUUGUCAUCCGCCGCAUUUGGGUCCAGUGAUUCCUGAAAUAAAUUCCGUGUGGUUCAAACUCUUCCUGUACUACUACACCGGCCAUGGGCCUACUUCUUUAUUUCUUACUCAAGGCACAAAGUUGCGUCGAAUACCGGAUUGUUUUGCGUGUGAAGCGAAAACGUCGAGGUCUCGACACGUUCUAGUCACUCCUUGGACCGGUUCACAAAGCUCCGAGAUGUCGUUGUCGAAUUCUCUGGGUCUUUUCAAUGACGUUUUAAAAGACACGUCGUUGUUGUUGCAGUUCCCGGGAGCAGCAGGAACCAGCGAGCGAUUGAAAAUCAUCCCUUUUCCACUCGAUCAUUCUAGUUCUCGACAUAAUCAAGACGAGUUCGAAAAUCAUCCAGCUGUGAAAGCGAUCGCGCAAUUGGUGGACCUGCGUCAUUCUUGCGGGUUCAUCACCCUAGUGAAGUCGCCCGUGAAGAAAUCCCGCGGCGUCGCGCAGAAAAAUAAUAAUGGCGUAUCCGUGAAUCACAACAUGAGCAGCUUUUUCGGGUGCAUGAGCAAUGUACCGAGACUCAUUCCUCCAAAGCACGGAAACCCGGUAGUGGAACAAGAAAGCUGUGAAAAUGCCGAGACGGAAGUGGAUGCUACGGGUGAUUCGUCGUCGUCACAAGAGCAUUUUGAAGACUGGGAUUUAAUUGAUUGCACUUUUGGUGUGCCGUUGUUUAAUGCCAAAUUGAACCGGGAAAUCUGCGAACGAAUUUCCUUGUAUGAAGCUGGUAAAUCGGAAAGCUUGAGGUUCUUGGAGCGAUCUAGUCGAAAACUGGCUCUGAAGUUCCUCAAUUUCAUAAAUAACCACGUGGACCGCAUUGGACCGCGAUCGCUGACGGAAACGUCGGAACGAAGUCGCUUGAAAGAAAUCCCUGUGCCAAACCAAAACCUUCUGUUCAGCGGAGGGAAACUUUCUGUGUGGGACCGGAAAUGAUUUCCUCAGGAACAUCGAGCGAAGUGCCAAAAAAAAAAGGAAAAAUCCGCACGUGAAAAAAUAAAGGUCGAAACAAGUGUCAUACCGUGAAGGGAAAAAAAGAAGCAAUUUCCAAAAGAUAUGUGAAACAUUUCAGCAACAGCUUGUUUCGUUUUUUUUUCAACGUAAACUGGGCCAGUUCUGCUACGUUUUAGUUUCUCUUCGAUGCUGUGUCGGUAUUUUGAGAUUUCCCUUCGAGUCGAAGAUGGUGUCCCUUGAAGCCAGUUAUCGCAAAUAUGUGCUUUUUUUUCGUGUGUGUCGUCGUCGUCGUCGCCCGAGGAAAGAAUAUUUGCAGGCCGAGUUCGUGUCGGCGCGAGUGAUUUAUCCAAAAGCUAUAUUUGGUCGAUUUUUCUGUUCUGAGAAUCGCCGUGGGCAAGCAUUCCGUGUAUGCAAAUGAUGCGGGGAUAUCACGAGGGGAAGAAAGGAGAGCGUAUUUAUGCGAAACUUUUUUUGUAAUUUUUCAUUAGCGGAGAAGUUGAUUUUCUAGUGCAUUUACGCGAAUAUAAGACACCGUCGAUUCUAAAAAGCAAAACUUUUUUCAGAUUUCGAGAUAACUUAUGGUAAACUUGAAUUCCGAAGGAUCAGCAGUAAAAUUCGAGUAAGGGAAAACUACCUUCUUUGUAUGAGAAAAAAUAAAUAAAGAAUUGCAGGAAGUUAAAAUUAAUGAUCUUCUGGGCCUUUAACUGUUGAUGGGUUGUCAAAAUCUUAAAUUUUUAGGGAAGGGUUCAUUUGCCAAAUAAAUCAUUUCAUUCUUCGUGCGAAGCAUUGUUACAUUUUCAUUAAUGUUUUCUUCCCUGAAUCCCCAGAAUAAUUGGAAAAUGUCUGAAAAAAAGUUAUAAUUGUAACUGUACGAGGGGGGAAGUCUUUGAGUUGGGUUUUCUACACAAGUGGACUCCCAACAACCUUGUCUACAUCAAUUUUCUCGGCACAAUAUAAUGAAUUCUUUUUUGGUCCCAUAGGGUUUUCAUUCAAUGUUAUAGAAGUUCUCUACAAUGAAAUUCUCCCUACAAGAAAUUUUUUUUCUGAUUCCUGGGACUUUUUUGUAGAAUGAGAUCACUUUUCUUGAGAGAGUUAUGAUAGAUACAGAACCAAAAUCUGACAUUUGAAGGUUUUUGCCUUUGUUUUAGUUAUCAAUGUCCAACUGUAUUUUGAAGGCUCAAAUUGUACCGGGUUGAUCAGAAAUUGGAUCGAUUUUAGAAGGCAGUUUUUCUUCAACUGCAGUAAAUUUCAUUAACCAAGUACAAUUCGAGGCUAACUUCAAUAAAUUAUUCCUUGAAAUUGUGUUCAGCUCAAAAUCAAUGCAGGUGGACUCCCUCUACAACUAUUUUCUCUGAAUAAAAAAAUUGUUCCUGUUCCCUUGAUAUUUUUGUUGUUGAGAGAAUCCACCUGUAUUACAAUUGACAAUUAGGCAGAAAAGCUGUUACGGAAUAAAAUUUGAGAGGCUUUAUCAUAUCUGCCAAAAGAAUUUUAGUUUUCUUUUACAACAUGUAGGUCAUCGGUGGGGAG